UUUGAUGCUUUGGGCAUCGGCGAUGUUGAAACACGCAACCAGCCCCAUAGCCAUGUUCCAGCGCAGAUAUUCUACGAGGCCUUUGCGACAGGUGCAACGCGCCCUGGAUGAACAGAUCAUUGGCCAUGCGGCCGGCAAGGAGGCUGUGCUCUUGGCACUCAUCGCCCAAGAGCACGUGUACAUAGAGGGUCCACCUGGUGUUGCCAAGACACUGCUUGCUGAGACUGCGGCGGAGGCUGCAGGCCUCUCUUUCUUCUUUUACCAGAUGCACAGAGAUACCAAGCUUCACGAGCUCAUAGGAGAUGCCGUGAUUUUGAAGGAACCUGCGCCUGAAGGGGGUGAGUUGGUUCGCAGCCUCACACGCCCAGGUGGUAUUCUCACAGCUGAGCUUUGCGUGCUGGAUGAUAUUUCUCGAGCCCCAGGGGAAGCCUUGAAUAUCCUACUUCGUUUGCUGAACGAGAGGCAGUACAACGGGCCCAGCACAGGGUCAGAAAGUUGGCAGCUGCCGCUGCGGACGGCCAUCGCGACUUCUAAUCCUUCUGAUCCAGGGAGCCGUUACUAUACGGAGCCACUGGAUCCUGCUUGCCUUGAUCGCUUCGUCCUGCAGUUGCGGAGUGAUGGAGCUGUAUCAGCGGGCCGCUGGGAUGAGGCAGCCCGAAUCAUUGACCUUUUCUCCGAAGGGCAAUCUUCGAAGCCUCACCGAGAUCACAAAGUGCUUCAAAACGGAGCAGCAGAAUUGCAAAAAGCCACAGCAGCCCAUGCCGCGGUGACUGUGCCAUUGCCAGUGCGGCAGCUGCUGCUGAAAGUCUUGCAGCAGUUGGUCCAGAAGCACGGUGUGAAUCAAAAGAAUUCAUUGCUUACCGACCGGACCUUCCUGGUGAAGGCUUUGCGGGUCAUGCGUGCAAGAGCCGUGCUGGAAGGUCGUCAAGAAUGCACAGCUGAAGACAUCAACAUCUUGACUUUUUUGACGACGUUUCGCUUGCCCGAAGGUAUUCACGCGAAGAUCCCACGCAUUAUUGCAGAAGUUAUUCACAAGGGAGCUUCUAGCGGCUGAAAAAAGUGUUGAAGGGUUCUGAAGGGGAAAUUGACCCCAAUAGCAAAGUUUCGCAU